AUGGGCAAGAAGUGUUUUGUUCCCGGCUAUCGCAGCGGCUACAGGUCGUGCAAAGAGAAAGUGUCGCUCUUUUCCGUGCCUAAAGAUGUCGAGCGACUGAACGCGUGGAGACGAUGGACCCGCAAGGAUCGCGUUCUGAGCGCAAACGACAAAGUUUGCGAGAAACACUUUGAAGUACGAAAACCACAGUCCACAACGCAAGCACUGCACGACAAGCUAAGCUGUGCAGUGCCUAGCAUUUUCCCAAACUGUCCUGCUUGCACGUACGUCAGCGAAGAACUAUCUGACAUCAGCGAGAAUCCGUCCGAGUAUCACUUUCAGGAUAGCCAUGAAGCUGGUAACAUCGCGGCUUCAGUUUUUGAAAGACUGUUUAAAAAUCCUGCCUGGGUAACACUGCCUUCUCCCGUAUGGGGCUACCACAAAAUCGACCUGGACGGUGAAGAAGCUGCCGAAGAUGCUCGUGUGCUCGUGGAGACAGCCGUCGGACUGAAGAGGAAGAACAAGAAGCACACAGAAGCGAGAACACGACCGUUGUCAAGUCCACCGCAGUUAACUCUUCGCUUGAAACCACAUCACCGAGGCUGCCUUUCCAAAAUGACUUCGACAUUGAGCGAUGAACAAACGGAGUUCGAAGAAGUACAAGGUAAAGUCAAGACCUUGCGACUCAUUGUGGGAGCAGCAUUCGUGGUACUUUGCCUGAUCAUUGCAGUUUCUAUCGGUGUUGUGCUUUACGGUUGGAACUCAGGGAAAGAAUCAACGUCAAGCGGUGAUGACUUGCAGAAGCCACGAAUGACGACGCCAACGAAUUCAGCACCAUCAGAAACAACGGCGGACACGGGCAAGAGAGACCAGGUCAUGAAAAGAGUGUGCGACACUGAAGACUGUCACUACAUGCGGUGGUUCAUUGACACAUCUGUUGACAAAUCGCUGGAUCCCUGCAGCAACUUCUUCAACUACGUCUGCAAAGGUGCCGUGAGUACCUUCAACGAUAAACCUGGCCAGGGCAUGUUGGCUCAUGCCAAUUUCAAAAUAAUAUCGGACAUGGAGCAUUGGCUAAUAAACGGACACGCUCAACCCCGAAGACAAUCUGCAUACCAGAAAGUAAUCGCAACGUACCAGUCGUGCAUGAAUACCAGUCACCAGGCCUUCGAUGAGAAUAGAAGGUACAUAGAGAACCUUCUGAAGGGGCAUCGAAUGGCGCUGACCGAGGGUUUAGAUUUCGACCCGAUGACCAAGCAGUUGGAAUUCUGUUUUACAGACUGGCCGUUGAUAUACAACCUGGACACGUUCCCACACCGCAGCAGCAAUGAAGCUUUCAUAGAAAUGAGGCCAUACUUGGUUACGCAACGCACGAUUCAAGGAAACACCUCUGCUGAGCGGAAGGAGUUUGUAGAAACCGUUUUGAAAGCCAUAUUUGCCCUCAAAGAUAUUGACGACGCUACCAUUAACUCUGUCUUAGAUGCCGAGGACGGUGUUUUUAACCUGACUGGUACGAUGAAUCUGAGCGGGCUUAUUAUUCCUGUGGCUGAACUCGGCUUUGUCGAAAAUGAUCAGACACUUGCGAGGAGGUGGAUCCAUGCAAUAUCAAAGUACAUUCGGGGUGACAUUAACCAGAUCAAAUUGAGUACUAGCGUCGGCGCCGCUACGCUUUUCCAUGAUCUUUUUGGAAGGAAUGCUCCAAUCGCCAAUGAGACCGUUGAAACAGCGUUAGCAUGGAUGUUAACAUACACUUUGUAUGAUUCAGCUGGUUUGAAGGACUACAGAAAUGACCGAAAUCUAACCAGACGACGAUGUUUAUACGAUCUCUUUUCCAUAUUCCCUACGGUUGCCGGAGCUAAAGUGUUGCUGGAAGUCAUUAACAGGUCAAGAGUGGACGCUGUAAAGGCAAUGACGACCGAAAUCGGUAAAGAAGUUGAGGUGUCAUUCACGAAGUCGAGGUGGCUGGACGAUGUCACUAAGAAACGAGCUCUGGAGAAAGUGUCACGUAUUAUCAGACUAAUAGGGUAUCACUACGAUAUGAUGUCACCGCAAGAGUUCGACAGGUACAUGAGGUACGUUCCCGACAUGGAGGGAGUGUACAUAAAGAAUAUUAUUGAUGCUUUCGCAGGAAAAGCUAAAAGACUCUGGGAGUCCCCAUUUGGGAACCCGAAUUCCCUCAAUUUGUCUAUUUACCGGUACACAACGAAGAUGCCGAUUUUCAUCGUGAACGCCGUGAAUUUCGUGUUGUUAAACGCGAUCUUUGUGCCUGCAGCCACGCUGUCUCGUCCAAUGUUCACCUACGGCGGUCCUCCAGAACUGAAUUACGGUGCCCUGGGUCACAUAAUAGUGCACGAAAUGAUGCACAGCUUCGACGACUUAGGUGUUUAUUUUAAUGGUUAUGGUGAAUUUACCAUGCUGUAUACGCCGCAAAGUAUGCAAGCGUUUAAAAGCCUGCAAGCGUGUCAUUCAGACCAAAUUGAUCGUGCACCAAGAGCUAGGGCCUUUCUUCAGUAUCCAGGAGAAUACCUCGCAGACACAAUGGCCAUGGAAUCUCUUACAAGGGCCUACAAAAAGGCAUCUAAUAUUUCGAAGGUUACGCUGGGAAACGUGAAGGAGCUAACAAGCGACCAGUUGUUCUAUGUAGCCUGGUGCCUUCAGUGGUGCGGUGUUCCUGCUCCUGGAAUAGACCUAACCCAUCCCGAUUUGGACGAAAGGUGCAACGUACCGCUCAUGAACUCUGAACACUUUAGUGAAGCGUUUUCAUGUCGCCGUGACGCACCUAUGAAUCCGUCCAGAAAGUGCCACUUCUUUUAGAAGUAUCACUUAAACUGUUGCCUCAAAUAAAUUCCUCUAACGUAUACGCCUUUGAGUA